AUGCUGCCUUAUGCUUCUAAGCCAACAGUGAUCCAACAACCCAGUGGGUCUGAUGUAUACAUUGGAGAGAAAGUCACUCUGAGAUGUGAGAUCUAUGGAGAUGGAGGAACUAAGUGGACGUAUGAAUGGAGACCAACCAACAGAAACUCUCCAACAUCCAGUGAAUACAGGAUCAACAGAGUCUCUACGUCUGACAGUGGAGAAUACAGCUGUAGGGCUGAAGGAGAUCAUCAGAUGACUGAAUGGAGUGAUGCUUUACCACUAAAAGUGAGAAUGACUGGCAGAACCAACUGGACUGAACAGAACUCCUACCUCAUUAAUGGACAGAAUCACACAGCAGGAUAUGUGUGCAGAGCAGGAAGAGGAGAACCAGUUUUUUACACUGAAUACAGUGAAGCAAAGUUUGUCUGGUCUGCAGACUCUCACCCAGCUGCUUCUCUCUCAGUGACUCCAGACAGAGUUCAACAUUUUAUCAAUCAGUCUGUCACUCUGAGCUGUAGUCGGAACAACACUGAGUGGAAACUGAGGAGGUUUAAAAAAAUAGGUUGGCUGUCAUACACUGUUUGCUCCAACUGGGGGACAAUGACUGGAUCCUCAUGUUCUAUAAACACAGACUGGUCUCACAGUGGAGUGUACUGGUGUGAGUCUGGAUCAGGAGAUUUUAGCAACGCAGUCAACAUCACUGUACAGAAUAAAUAUUAUUCUGGUAUUAUCCUGGUGAGCCCUGCCCAUCCUGUGACUGAGGGAGAUCCUGUUACUCUGAGCUGCGGAGAUAAAGAACAAAAACUUCUCUCCAAUGUGUUUUUCUAUCACAAUAACAAACUGAUCCACAAUGACAGCAGAGAGGAGCUGAAGAUCUCUGCAGUGUCAAAGUCAGAUGAAGGUUUCUACAAGUGUAAACAUUCAAGAAAGGAGUCACCACAGAGCUGGAUGGCUGUAAGAGUUGCUGGUUCCAGUGUUGUCAGCUCUUCCUUUUCGCCACUGCUGAUCGCUGGACCGCUUGUAGGCAUCCUUCUUAUUGUCCUCCUGCUACUGUUGUGGCGCUACAGAUGGUUCAAAGAGGCUGCGUCCUCCAAGGACCCAGUCCAAGUGAUAGUCAUCUCUACGAGUCAGUAA